CUCCAGCCGGGAGCCGGGGUAAGGCUACGCCCUACCCCACUCGACGAGCUCCGCGUCACAGGAACUUCAGCACCCGAGGGACGGACAGCGCUCUCCACCUGGGGACCUGGCUCCCCUGCGCUCUGAGCCUUUCUAAUCCCUCUGGAUUCGCGGGCUGCUCAGAGUUCCCACGACAGCCAGGUCCCCGCCACCCUCCCUGCCCGCACCUCCCUCUUCGCUCUUCUUUUUUUUCUUGCCCUCCCACCCCCCACAUUCCUCUCAUUCAUAACAAAAGCUCCAGUUCUAGGAGCCGGGUGCCAGGCUGUUUCUGAGCCAAGAGUGGAAGAAUGGGGUUCCUCUGGACCGGUAGCUGGAUUCUGGUAUUGGUGCUUCACAGCAGCCCGAUUCAAGCUUUCCCCAGACCUGGAGGCAGCCAAGACAAGCCUCUACAUAAUAGAGAAUUAAGUGCAGAAAGACCUUUGAAUGAGCAGAUUGCUGAAGCAGAAGCAGACAAGAUUAAAAAAACAUAUGCUCCAGAGAACAAGACAGGUGAAAGUAAUUAUUCCUUUGUGGAUAACUUGAACCUGCUAAAGGCUAUCACAGAAAAGGAAAAAAAUGAGAAAGAAAGACAGUCUACAAGAAGGUCCCCAUAUAAUAAUAAAUUGAACGUGGAAGAUAUUGAUUCAACCAAGAAUCGAAGACUGAUUGAUGAUUAUGACUCUACUAAGAGUGGACUGGAUCAUAAAAUUCAAGAUGAUCCAGAUGGCCUUCAUCAACUAGAUGGAACUCCUCUAACUGCUGAAGACAUUGUUCAGAAAAUUGCUACUAGGAUUUAUGAAGAAAAUGACAGAAGCGUGUUUGACAAGAUUGUUUCUAAACUGCUGAAUCUUGGCCUCAUCACAGAAGGCCAAGCACAAACACUCGAAGAUGAAGUAGCAGAGGUUUUACAAAAAUUGAUCUCAAAGGAAGCCAAUAAUUAUGAGGAGGAACUUGUUAAACCCACAAGCAAGACUGAGAGUCAGGAUGGAAAAAUACCAGAGAAAGUGACUCCAAUGGCAGCAAUCCAAGAUGGCCUUACUCGAGGAGACAACGAUGAGACAGUAGCUAACACCUUCACCUUGACAAAUGGCCUGGAAAGGAGAACUAAAACCUACAGUGAGGACAAUUUUGAGGAACUGCAGUAUUUCCCAAACUUUUACGCACUACUGAAAAGUAUUGAUUCAGAAAAAGAGGCGAAAGAGAAAGAAACACUGAUUACUAUCAUGAAAACGUUGAUUGACUUUGUGAAGAUGAUGGUAAAAUACGGCACAAUAUCUCCAGAAGAAGGUGUUUCCUAUCUUGAAAAUUUGGAUGAAACCAUUGCCCUUCAGACCAAGAACAAAUUAGAAAAAAAUGUUACUGACAAUAAAAGCAAGCUUUUUCCAGCCCCUUCAGAGAAGAGUCAUGAAGAAACAGACAGUACCAAGGAAGAAGCAGCUAAGAUGGAAAAGGAAUAUGGAACCCUGAAGGACUCCACAAAAGAUGACAACUCCAACCAGAGAGGAAGGACAGAUGAGCCCAAAGGGAAAACAGAGGCCUAUCUGGAAGCCAUCAGAAAGAAUAUUGAGUGGCUGAAGAAGCACAACAAAAAAGGGAAUAAAGAUGAUUACGACCUUUCUAAGAUGAGGGACUUCAUUAACCAGCAAGCGGACGUGUAUGUGGAGAAAGGCAUCCUAGACAGAGAAGAAGCCGAUGCCAUCAAACGCAUCUACAGCAGCCUGUAGGGAUGGCGGAUGGUCCUGGAGUCAUUCAGCUGUUGCUGAAAACAUACGGUAGCUGAAGAUAAUUCUUUUUGUGAUUAAAGUCAUUUCGACCCAAGGAUCAUUAGAAAGUGCUGAAUUUAUCGUAGCUAAACUUUUUAGAAGUGGUUACAAACAUAGCUUUCUUGCCAUAGCAAUUAUCUGAGAAGUAAAGUUCUAUGUAAACUGA